CUUUGUAGGGUACCCCUUCACUUCCCCUUCAGGAAGUGGAACAGGAAAAAAAAAAAACUACGUUCGUCAGUAACUCUGGGUCAACCACAACUUAGACAGUAGUAAGCAGGUCAACCAAACGAAACAAGGACAGAGGUUGCUAUAAAAGCCAACAGGUACUCUCGUGACACCACACAGGCACCCACGGGUGGACACACGCACCGAAGGAGGCUCCCGCACGAGGCAGGCAACCAAGCAAAGUGACAAUGGGUAUCCUGCGUGCCCCAGCCAUGGUCAAGUCCCUGCUGCUGUUGAUGCUGGUGUUCCCCAUCUUGGGGGAGGCGGCAGCACGGAAAAUACCCAAAGCCGGGAAUACUGCCGUUUGCCCCACUCUGGAGGACCACACUGUGAGGGUUGACAUCCGCAUCCUCAGUCAGAAGCUGGGAGUGCCCCUCUCCCAUGUCUUCCAGAACCGCUCCAGCUCCCCCUGGGAUUACAACAUCACCCGGGACCCCAACCGGUUCCCCUCCGAGAUCGCAGAGGCCCAGUGCAGGCACGCGGGUUGCAUCAACGCCGAGGGGCAGGAAGACAGCUCCAUGAACUCGGUCCCCAUCCAGCAAGAGAUCCUGGUCCUCCGGAGGGAGUCCCAGGGCUGCACUCGCUCCUUCCGGCUGGAGAAGGUGCGAGUGGCUGUUGGCUGCACCUGCGUCACCCCCAUCGUCCGCUACGUGCGUGGCAUGAGAGCCGCAGGUCAGCUCAGCUGAAUAAGUCUUAGAGACGCCCCUUCUUACCCAGCUCUCUGCAAAGAGUCCUGUGUGGUUCCCAAAUUCUCUCCACUUCCCCGGGGCUCUUCACAAGAUCCACAUGGCAUCCCCAAAGCUCUGUAUUAGAUAUAGUUGUAACUUUCUGGGGCUUCAGAAUCUUAAUAUGGUUCUAAGAUGUUCCAAUGUCCCACGCCCCUGAAAAGAGAUGGAGGAGGAUGCGGGACCCUUGGCCCACUCGGCUUAUUGCGCUAUGAUGACCACCUCCCCGCCAUGCAUCACUGGGUGGGAUACAGUGCCACCUCCGGGGGCUCUGUUUGUAAAACGGGCUUUUGUUCCCCUUGGGUGAAAUAUAACCGCAAUGUAAGUGUGGGAGGGGCUGUGCAGGACGGGGUGGGGCGGGAGGGACAGGGAUAAGGACCUAGCACAUGUUUACUAAGCCUUUGCUAAAUAUAGAUGAGAUUGGCCGGAUAUUUAUAUUUGCAAGGAAACUGUCCAUGUAUUUAUGAUGUAUUGGUUACAGAAAAUUCUAGGAUAAAAAAUAAUAUAUCAACUACUAAUAUAAUAAA